GACGUCGUAGAGGUAGCAUCACGCUCUCGUGUCUCUGCGUCCCGGGGGUGUCGGCCAGUGCUUCUCACCUGUGUGUCUCGCGUGCGCCCUUGCAUGGGGCUUGCAAGAAAAGAAAAGCAAUUUCAGAAAAGAAACUUUAAUGAACCUAAGUUGUAGUAAUAUAUUUCGUGUGAACUGGUCCUGUACCGUUGUGUAGAUGGAAUAUUUCAACAAGAUGGACGGUGGGGGUGGGUUCGUGAGGGCGGGACUCCUGGGCCUGACACAGGGCGUGUCUCUCCACGACCCGCUGCGCCUCCACCACGCCCUACACUCACAGGCGUCUGACAGCGUGAAGGACGGGGCGGCCACCUCCCUCCUCCGUCCCCUCUCCGACUACCCCCAUCUCCCCCUCCUCCCCUUCACCGCCCCCCCAUUCCUCCAUCACCACCUGGACCCGCGCCUCCCCUUCUCCCCCUCUGCCUUCCACCCGCUCCACUCCCACGCCCACGAGGCCCACGCCCGCGCCCACGACGCCCACGCCAAGCUGCAAGCGCCGCCCACAAGUCUAUCCGGCUCGGCCUUCUCCCCGCUGCCGGCCAAGGCGGCCAAGAUGGAGGACGGUGGGUGUUCGUCGUCGGCCAUCCCCUGCUCCUCGUCGGGGCUCUUCUCGCCCGCUCUCCUCGCCUCCCUCGACCCCCGCGCCGCCUUCCUCACGGGCGGGGGCGGCGGGGGCGGCGGUGGCGGCGGGGGCGGCAUGGGCGUGCUGGACGAGCGGCGGGACUCGCCCUCCCCGCGCGGGUCGCACGGGUCGCGGGAGUCACCCGGCCACGCCCGAGACACCGACACGCCCAACUCUAACAGCGACGAACCCAAAGGACGCAAGCCCCGCCCUGGAGAGUCAUGGUGCCCUGUGUGUGGGGUGACACUACGACCCGGGGAGAUGGACGCUCACCUCACCCACGAGCUGGACAAGCUGGUCCGUCUUCCCCAGACCCGCCCACUCUCCCAGCGCACGCCCACGCCCACUACCUCCACGUCCACCACCACCACGCCCUCGUCUUCAGCAGUCACCAGCGUCGCCGCCUCAGUCACGUCGCCUCUCAGCCCACAUCCAAUCCACGCCCGCGCCCGCGACCCCGGCUGGGAUACAUAUCAGCGGGUGCGGGCCAACCGACAGGUGCGGCUGCGGGCCAAGAAGCGACGGUCGGGCCGCAGCGAGGAGUGCGGGCCGGCAUGCCCCGUGUGCGGAGAGCGAGUGUCCGCCACCACGCCAGAGGACCUCCACGCCCACGUCGAGUCCUGCCUCCGUCGGUCCGGGGGCGUGUUGUCCGGACUCCUGCAGGGGGGCGGCGAGGACGAGGUGGUGGACGUGGAGGGCGACGGGCCCUACGAGGAGUACGAGUGGUGUGGUCAGCGCCGAGUGAGGGUGUCCUCCCUGCUCAGGGCGCAGCCUCAGCUCCUGGUGAGGAUGCGCGGCGUGCGGACCAUGGCGGUACUAAACCUCUUCACGACUCCUGCAGAUCGCCACAGAGAGGGCGGCGAGCGUAGUGGAGAUACCGAGAUGACUGGAGGCGGCGGCGUGCUGGAGAGCGGCGAGGGCGGCGCCAGCAGCAGGGUGGAGCCCAUGAGUGUGGAGCUGGAGGCCCUGAAGGAGAAGGUGCGGGUAUUGGAGAGGGACGGCGCCACUCCCUCCAAGUUCCAGUGUCUGGUGUGUCAGACGGAGUACGACCGCCCAGCUGUGUCUGUGGUGUGCUGGCACGUGCUCUGUGAGGCAUGCUGGGCUCACACGCUGGGCGUGAAGAGCGAGUGUCCUCAGUGCUCGCAGGCCGUCUCCCCCGAGGACCUCCGUCCCAUUCACUUGUGACUAUCAACACCGGCAUAGCAGUUCACCGUGAGCCCCGCCCGUGUCCCCCCCACGCCCGCUGUC